GCUUUUGCGCUCGUCACCGAAGAGCUGCGCGGCGACCGUGGCGUUGCCCUGGAGGCCGUGGCGCGCGACUGGGGCGCACUCCGCCACGCUGGGGCGGGGCUGCGGUCGGACAGGGCGUUCGUGCUCGAGGCCGUGCGGGUGCAGGGCAGAGCCCUCGGCUUCGCCUCCGACGAGCUGCGGGCGGACAGGGAGGUGGUGCUGGCCGCCGUGAGGCAGUGCGGGCUCGCGCUCGAGUGCGCGGGCGGGGCGCUGCGGCACGAUGCCGAG